AUGGGAGAUGUGGAAAAGCAUCAACCUGACACGGGCACCCCGGGGGCUCGACGCUCGCAGUACUCCUUGAGCCUCUCAGUCUCUCUGCCCAACAUCCUCAACACCAACCUGGGGAGCAUCGAGCUGGAAAUCACUGAGGGUGCUCCUUUAUUUUUCCACAGCCUACUCCCAGCUGUGGAUAAUUUAUUGGCCAGUGUCCUGAACAGACUUCUUCCUAACCUGCUCUGCCCCGUGGUCGAUGUCACCCUGGGACUCAUCAGCGACCAACUGGGCCUUGUGAAUUCUCUGGUGCCCCUGGGUGUGCUGGGCAGCACAUACAGCGUGUCCAGCCUGGCCCUGCUCACCAGCCAGUUCCUGGAGCUGGACCUGAACAUUGUUGUUGGGUGAGUGGCAGGAGGGCUGGUGGAUUUCCCCCUGGGGAAGCCAGAAGCUGUCCCCAUGCCACCCCUGCCCCCCAUGCUGGACACCACCUCCUCCCAGCUGGGCCUCUCAGUCAACUUCCUCAGCUCAGUGCUCUCUGUCCUGCAGAAGGAGGGGGUCCUGGACAUGGACAUCUCCAGUGACAUGUUUCCUGAGCUCCCACCACUAACAACCUCCACACUUGGAGCCCUGGUUCCUCUGGUGAGUCCUGCGUUCUCCAGGCAGACACGUGAGCUGCUGCUGAGAAUCUCAGUCCCUGAAGCACCCGUGGUGACCUUUAAGAAAAACAAAGGUGUGAUCCAGCCAACAGCUACAGCAGAGGUGAUGGUGAUCCACCCAGAUGACGUCCAGAGCUCUCUCUGCCUCCUGAAUAUCGACACCUCCUUGCUGGCCCAAUUCUCAGUUGAGGACAACAAAUUGAAGAUUGGUGUCAGCCUGGAGAAGUCUGAUCCCUCCUUGGUGUCUUCAUCCAUUGGGGAUCUUGAUAUCCUUGAUGCUGCCUUCCUGCCAGCCAUGAACAGCACCCCCAUCCUUGGCAAUGGGGGUCUCCUCAGCAAUGACCUCCUGGGCAAUAACAACCUGCUUGGAGGGAAAGGUCUGCUUGGCACGGGUGUCACCAGUGUGCAGAGCCUUGGCAAUGGACUCCUCAGCAAUGGUCUUCUCAACAAUGACCUCCUGGGCAACAACAACCUUCUUGGAGACACAGGUCUGCUUGGCACAGGAAAUCUCCUAGGCAAUGGAAGUCUACUUGGUCUUGGUGGUCUGGUGAAUGGAGGAAUCCUUGGCAAGUCCCCCUUUGCCUGGUUGAAGGUGCUGAACAUUGAGAACCUCCAAAUGUCAUGGAAGAUCCUUCACGGGGGUGAGCUGGUGCUGAACCUGUACUCAAAGCUGGUGCUGCAGUUCCCAGGGGUUUUUCAAUUUCUGAGCGGUUCCUCGAUAGAAACCAACCUCACAUCCCACAUCAGACUGACCCAGGACACCCCUGGAGACCUCAGAUUGGAGGUGAAGGAUUGCAAGAAGCUCCUGGGCAACUUCAACGUCAACAUGAGGAAGGGCCUCCUCACCAACCUGAUGAGUGGGAUGCUGAACUCUUCACUUCAGACCCUCGUUCCUGCCCUGCUUUGCCCCUUGGUGAAUAUCUGGGUCGGUGCCAUCAAUCUUAAGCUGCAGUUCCUCAACGCUUUGUACCCUGUUACCCCACACACUUCCCACACAACGAGACGUGGACAGAAGCUCCAGGACAGUUGGCUCUGA